AUGGAAAUUCAAUAAUUAAAUCCUUAAAACAAUUAACAAAUCCCAGCUAACGUCCAAAAAAUAGCUUACCGUGCUAACAUUUUAUUCUUUAACGAAGACCCUUACUUCAAGGAAACUCAAGAAGAUGCUCUCACGUUCUAUAAAGAUGGCCUUCUCGUAUUAGAUUUGGAAAAGGGUACAGUAAUCGAAGCAGGAAACUAUGAAGAAAUGCGCGCUAAGCAUGCUUCUGUUCUAAUUUCUGAAGAAUAUAAAGAUAAAUUAAUAAUGCCAGGUUUCAUAGAUUGCCACACCCACUAUCCUCAAACAGAAAUGAUUUGCUCCUUCGCUAGUAGCUUAGUAAACUGGUUGAAUACUUACACUUUCCCUACUGAAGAGUAGUUCAAAGAUAUUAAUUAUGCUAAGAAGAUUAGUUAAUUCUACUUGAACGAGCUUUUGAAAAAUGGUACAACUACUGCAUUAGUAUUUGCCACAAUUCAUCCUGAAUCAGUUGCUGCUUUAUUUGAUGAGGCUAUCAGAUUGAAUAUGAGAAUAAUCACUGGUAAGACUAUGAUGAAUAGAAAUGCUCCAGAAUUCCUCUAAGACACAGUAGAAGGCUCUUACAGAGAUUCCCUCGAUUUGAUUUAAAGCUAUCACAAUGUUGGCAGAUGUUUGUAUUCAAUAACCCCAAGAUUUGCCCCAACAUCAACUUAAGAUUAAUUAAAUGUAGCUGGUUAGCUUAAGCAUUAAUUCCCAGAUACUUACAUCCAUACUCAUUUGAAUGAAAAUCUUUAAGAAGUUGACUGGGUUAAGUCCCUUUUCCCCGAAAGUGAAAAUUACCUCGAUGUAUACGACAAAUCUAAUCUUGUUCAUAAACAUUCAGUUUUUGCUCACUGUGUUCAUUGUACUUAGCCUGAACUUGAUAAGAUGAAAUAAAUUCAAUGUGGUGUUGCAUAUUGCCCAACUAGUAACGGAUUCCUCGGUGCUGGUAUGUUCCCUUACCAUCAAGCUGUAUAAAAUGGUAUUAAUUUUGGUAUGGGUACUGAUGUCGGUGGUGGUACUGACUUUGGUAUGCUCAGAACCUUAUAAGAUGCCUAUAAAUUUAUUAUGGUAAGCCAACAACAUGUUGAAAAUAGAAGACCCAUGACUUCUUUUGAAGGUUUUUACAGAGCCACCCUCGGAGGUUGCAAAGCUUUAAGCUUAGAACACAAAAUUGGUAAAUUUUUACCAGGAUAUGAAGCAGACUUUGUUGUUCUUGAUUGGUGUGUUAAUGAUAUUCAAAGAUUAAGAUUUGAAAAUAUCGAAAAAAGAGCCUCGACUACAUAAUAAUCCACAGCAACUUCAGAGAGCUUAAAACUCAGUACUAUCAAACCAGGUGACGAUAAAUAUUUGCUUCAAGAUAAAUUAUUUGGCUUAAUGAUGAUGGGUGACUCAAACAACGUUUACUCAACCCACUUAGCAGGUAUCAAGCGUUACUAAAGAGGAAAUAAAAUAUGA